GCGAGCAACUUCACAAGAAGAACCGGGACCUCAGAAUCCUUAUCCUUUUCAUCUCUUGAAGGAUUGAAAUACUUCUUCCUCCUCCUCCGCCACUCUUGUGCUGCUCUGCAACACCAAGUUUGAUUUUUCCUUUUGGGGGUGUUCUUCGCUUUGUUGGGUUGCUCUCAAAAUUUCUUUUUUUUCCCACUUUCUCUCUUGCCCAAAUCGAGCAGUUUCAUUUCUGUUCAUCGGGGACCCUUAAUUCUUCUUGGGGUUUUUUUCUUUUUCCAUUUUUUGGGGGGUCUGUUAUGGCUGUUAUUCUGGAGAUUCUGAGAGGAGCUACGAGCGGGGCGUUGUUUGGUGAGGCCUUCACGUUGUUGGCUUGUAUUGGGAUUUCGGUGAUUCUUGGGGUUCUAGUUGGAUGGUCAUGGAGACCCAGAUGGGCAAAUCCGAGUAGCGAGUUUUUGAACGAAGGCAAUAAUAAUGGCUUGAACCGGACAUUUUCAAACCUGUCAGCUUCAGCUUCCACGGUUGUGAGUUCGGCUUUGAGCUUGAAUUCGCUAAGAUUACAGUUGCCGAGCUGGGUUUCCCGAUCCGAGGGGGACAUAUCGGGAGCGCCGACUUUCUCUGACCCUCCAACUGCCACUUCUGACUUCAGUUCAUCGCAGGGCGAGAGAGAGAAAUCGAGCCUCGUGAACGGUGACGAUUUGGAGCAUCUGUGCCGACUUGUGGAGGUCAAAGAUGGAGGGCCUGCAUGGAUUCAGAUGAUGAACAGGUCGGUGCCCACCAUGAGCUAUCAAGCUUGGCGAAGAGAUCCUGAGACUGGGCCUCCGCAAUACCGGAGUAGGACUGUUUUUGAGGACGCGACACCUGAGAUGGUGAGGGACUUCUUCUGGGACGAUGAGUCCCGGUUGAAGUGGGAUGAUAUGCUUGUUCACGCUUCGAUUUUGGAGGAGUGCCCCACUACCGGAACCAUGGUUGUGCAAUGGGUCCGUAAGUUCCCGUUCUUCUGUAGUGACAGAGAAUACAUUAUAGGCCGACGGAUUUGGGAAUCAGGACGAUCUUACUAUUGUGUGACAAAGGGAGUGCCUUGCUCCUCUAUUCCUAGGCGAAAUAAACCAAGACGUGUAGACCUGUACUACUCAAGUUGGUGCAUACGUGCAGUCGAAUCUAGAAGAGGCGAUGGCCAGCUAACUGCCUGUGAAGUGUUGCUGUUCCAUCAUGAGGAUAUGGGCAUACCGUGGGAAAUAGCGAAGCUCGGAGUACGCCAAGGCAUGUGGGGAGCCGUGAAGAAGAUCGACCCUGGUCUGCGCGCAUAUCAGAAGGAACGAGCCUCGGAGGCUCCACGCUCACUUUGUGCUUUCAUGGCUCAGAUAAAUACUAAAGUCAGCGCAGACUAUCUUAGGUCUCUAGAGAGUUCCAGUAAAGAAGGCUCAUCAGAGAUUGAAGCCCGCGACGAUGAGCCUAGGAAACCCUUGGCGAGAAACUUGCCGAAGCUCCUGUUCAUGGGAGGGGCCAUUGUUCUUGCUUGCACUCUCGACCGGGGCCUUUUGCCCAAGGCCGUUAUAUUUGGAGUAGCUAGAAGGUUGGGAAAUGUUGGGAGGAGAUUGUGAUUGAAACAGCGCUUAAUUCCUCGAACUUGACUCGAGGCCGCUGGUAAUUGUGCAGUUUAGCUGAGGGAGGAAACCACCCAACUGGUGUAAAUUCCUCUUGAGAGAGUGCGAUCUAUCGUAUUUUUUCCGACUCUUUUUUGAUCCAUUAGACGGGUUCGGAUUAGGCUAAAGAGAUCGUAUUGUUGUAAUAUACCUUGAAAUAACAAAAACGUCAUUACUUUACAGUUA